AUGGCAACAUCAAUCUCAACUUCAUCACAAACCCAUCUUCUUCCUCAAACCAACAACCCAUUUCUCAGAAAACCCAUCUCCACUUUCACCCCAACGAUCUCUCUCCGCAACGCACCAACCUUCAAACCCAUCUCCAUCAAAUGCGCCGCCACCACGCAAGCCCAGCCUCAAGCCCAAACCCAACCCCAAUCCUCAGAUCGCGUCAUCAACUUCGCUGCCGGACCCGCCACCCUCCCUGAAAACGUCCUCCGUAAGGCUCAAUCGGAGCUCUACAACUGGCGUGGAUCCGGUAUGAGCGUGAUGGAAAUGAGUCACAGAGGUAAAGAAUUUCUAUCAAUUAUUCAAAAAGCAGAGUCAGAUCUGCGUACCCUUUUGGAAAUCUCGUCGGAGUAUUCCGUUCUUUUCCUCCAAGGCGGCGCCACCACUCAGUUCGCCGCCGUGCCGUUAAACAUAUGCAAAAACGAUGAUGCUGUCGAUUAUAUCGUUACCGGUUCUUGGAGCGAUAAAGCUUUCAAGGAAGCUCAGAAAUAUUGUAAACCGAAUGUAAUUUGGUCAGGGAAAUCUGAAAAGUACACAAAGAUUCCAUCUUUUGAUGAUUUGAAACAGAACCCAGAAGCUAGGUUUUUGCAUAUUUGUGCUAAUGAAACAAUUCAUGGUGUAGAGUUCAAAAACUACCCAACACCCAACAAUCAAAGCGGGAUUUUGGUUGCUGAUAUGUCUUCAAAUUUCUGUUCCAAACCUGUUGAUGUUUCGAAGUUUGGUUUGAUCUACGCUGGUGCUCAGAAGAAUGUAGGUCCCUCUGGUGUAACCGUUGUGAUUGUUCGAAACGAUUUGAUUGGAAAUGCUCAAAGUUUGACUCCUGUGAUGCUCGAUUACAAGAUUCACGCUGAGAACAAUUCACUCUACAACACACCACCUUGUUAUGGGAUUUACAUGUGUGGUUUGGUGUUUGAGGAUUUGUUGGAACAAGGUGGUUUGGUUGAGGUUGAGAAGAAGAACAAGAGGAAAGCUGAGCUUCUGUACAAUGCUAUUGAUGAGAGCAAUGGGUUUUUUAGGUGUCCUGUUGAGAAAUCUGUGAGGUCAUUGAUGAAUGUUCCUUUCACUUUGGAGAAAUCAGAGCUGGAAGGUGAGUUUAUUAAGGAAGCUGGGAAGGAGAAUAUGGUUCAGCUCAAGGGCCAUAGAUCUGUUGGUGGAAUGAGAGCUUCGAUUUACAAUGCUAUGCCUUUGGCUGGUGUGGAAAAGUUGGUGGCUUUCAUGAAGGAUUUUCAAACCAAACAUGCAUAG